AAGAAGAACUCCGGAAGUGCUGAUGUUGUGCUAGUACACUUGACUGUCGUUCCUGUCAAAAUGGCUCGUCUACCACCAUUCAAAGUUGCUCUUGUUUGUGCUGUUUUAUUUGUCGUAUGCACAGAUUUUGUAUGUUGUAAUAACGGGAGAAGGGUCGGUGAUACCUUGGAGACUGAGUUCAGCGGUUUCUCUGUGCCUCUUGAACACUCAUUUGAAGUCGAUGAUGUAGCCAAGUUUCGAGUGCGUGGAGCCCUGGUGUUGAAAGCUGGAAGGGAGCCGAGUGUCUCACUAUCUCAGAAUCAGCUCUCAGAGGAGGAUAGAACUAAACUGAAGGAAGUGGCCGCAGUGGACGGGCUGUACAGGAUCAGAGUGCCUCGUGUUUUCCUGCAGGCAGACAGACAGACGGAGCGGCAGAUGGAAGGUUACCUCACAGCAUUCGUCAGAGCUUGUGCCAUGGUUGAAUCCCAUCUGAGCGAUGUGAUCACAAUCCACACCGACGUCUCUGGAUACCUCAUCGGUGUCUCCAUAGUGACGUUACCUGGAGCCUGUAGAGGCACUGAGGUCGAGGAUGAAGUUGAUCUUGAGGUUUUCAAUACCACGCUCAGCAUCAUGGCUCCUGUCAAUGCACCGGGACCUGAGACCGCUCUGUUCCUCGAACGAAUGGAACAGGAAUCUGAGAAGAAAGGGAAGAAUCCACAAGAGCAGAAAUCCUUCUUUGCUAAAUAUUGGAUGUACAUCGUCCCUCUGGUUCUCUUCUUGAUGAUGUCCGGCGCUCAGGAUCAGUCCGGAGGAGGAGCCGGCGGCGGAGCAGCUAAUGGAGGCGGCCGAUGAUCAACAGGAUUUUUUUUAUGAUUGUUUUUGUUAACAUUACUGAACAAAAGUAACAGUUUUAAUUGCUGUACAUAACGCUAUUUAAUGAGGAUAAAUGUUUGUCACUCACAUAUUAAACCUGUACAGUACAGAGGAGAUAUUGUGUCCUGCUGAUGACUGCAUUUGUAAUGUGAAAAUAAAGUAUUUAUUACUUGACCUGA